GGGCGAACUCCUAUCAGAAAUUCGUUGCGCCGCCCUUGGGGGCAAAAAACGGUGAAAGCUUACGUAUGAUACCAGAGGGCAGUACAGGAUGUGAUCGCACCAUACCUCCCUUCGCAGGAAAAAGUGACUCCAGUUAAGAUGGCGCUAUAGAACACUGCGGUGCAGUCCAAUACAUGGAAGUGUGGCCCCCCUGGGCUGCCCUGGGCUCACCUGCGGACGCCUUCCCAGGAGAGCUUCAGAACUAGCGGAAACAACGGCAGGCAAGAAUACGUAUACUACGUCACUUGCUGCCAUGAAAAUUGAGACGCGCCAAUUGUAAAGUCUCGGGUGACGGGCACAUACAUUGAAAGCGAAGCCUUCUUUACGGAUAAGAAAAUGCGGGAGGAAACUAUGCUGAAUUUGAAGUGGGACAGCUUCCCACUUCAGCUGGCACACUCUCUAGAUUCAUGCUACGAAAAACAACAAUUUGUGGACGUUUCGCUGGUUUGUAAAGAUGGGACCGUGUUAAAAUGUCACAAAAUGGUCUUGGCACACUCGAGCUCCUUCUUCAGGCGUCUCUUAGAAGUUAAUGAUCAUCCAUAUCCAAUGAUCAUUUUGCAUGACAUCGAGGCAGACGAUUUGAAAACUAUAUUGAAUUUUAUGUAUUGUGGAGAGAUCCAAGUGGUACGAAGCGAUGUCGGGAGACUCCUGCGAAUUGCCGAAAUCUUGGAAGUAAGGGGACUACGUCAGGUUCGGAAACAAGUUGAGGAAAAUGGAGUUUUGGAUGAGGAGCGAUCUGCUUCCACAGGAAUGCCAAGCUUAAAAAUUGUGGACACCAGGAGUUUGUCUAAGGAAAUUAUUCGAGAGCAAGAACCAACCACUUGUGGACAAUCUAAAAUCUUUAAACAGACUUCAUUCAACUUAGGGCAUGAGCAAAAAAGUUCUGAACGAAGGGCAGAGGUUUUAAAAGGACAUCCCAUAGAGUGCAGAAGAAAACUAGAAGAGGUUCAAAGUACUAGCAAGAGAUUGCAGGAUGUGCAAGACAGAGUAUUUUCUACGUCAAAAAGGAGAGAAAGUUCAGAGGCACUGGAUUGUGCAAGGAAGACAGAAGAAGUUCCAAGUACUAGCAAGAAAUCACAGGAAGUUCAGGAUAGAGUGUUUUCUACAUCAAAGAAGAGGGAAGAUCUCGAACAAACGAUCAGCUGGAAACGUAUCCUGGCUGAAAUCUCGAAAGAUAAACCUCUACCUUCAAAGAGACUUUGCCUCAUGGAAGAAGUUGAAAUUUCACCUUCAAGAUCUACAAAUGUUGAACAUUCUGCUCCUGGAAGAGUUCUAGACCGUAGGAAAUCUUCAACCUCUUCAGAUAGCGAUCGGACCGUUAAUUAUGCAGUGAUUAUUAAAGAUGAAAUAGAUAUAGAGUUUGACUCACAGGAAACUAAUGCAACUGAGACUGAUGUUAGAGACGUAACACUUUGUAAUAAUAAUAAGCCUUUUGUUAAAUCCGUGAGAUCGAGUGUUGAGAGCCCUAGCACUUCAUAUGGCACAAAGGGAAAAUCUACACUAGACUUUACUUUAAAAAAUCCACGUACAUAACGCGUCAAUCAAUAUUAAGGAAGAUCCUAUUGU